CCCCAAAACUAAACGUCUCAAAUUCCUAAAUAAGAAUCGUUUCUAAAUAUAAGAAAGAGUCAAAGAGAGAGAUUUAAUUUUGUUGAGAUGGGUCGAAAAAUGUUUGUUGGAGUAUUUUUGGUGAUGGUUGUUUUGUUUAAUUUCUGUGGGGAUGUCGAAGCGAGGUAUUUGCCAACGAGGGGGAAUGGGGAUAAACUUGAUAAACUCAGAGAGUUAUUAAAAGAAUUGUUAGAAACGGAGAUCGAAAACAACGAAAAUUACGACUCCCAACCGAGAUGGCACCCCGAAAGCAGGUUAUUUUACAAACGAGAAGCGAGCGCUCAUUAAUAAAUCAAAAAAGAAUCAAAUUAAAGGGCAACUUCCACGGAUUUCGAGCCGGAUUUAAUCACAAAUUACAAUAAAAAGUCUUUAUACACGUGCAAAUUAUGAAAAAUCCACAAAA